CGUCGUCCGAGUCGGAGCCCCAGCCUCCUGUGCAGCCGUGGCGCAUCAGUGAAAUAUCUUGUACGGGCGUGCCCUUGCGAGAUGUCAAUCUUGCAGAAUUAUCGGCGACCCUCAGACGAUCGUCGACAAGCCGACGUACAAGCGCAGGUGCUCUCUGAUUUUGCGACGCUCCGGAAUAGCUCCGGUCCAGCUGGGAUCACUGAUGGCGACAUCGUCACCUUCAAGGACGACGACUUCACAGGCGAAGGCAGGAGCUUGUGCUAGUCACGCUCACGCACUUCAACGACAGCCCGGUGUUCCUUGAGUUAGUACUGAAGUUACGGAUCUGUUGAUCCAAGCGUGGGCGCAGACGGGAGACGAACAUAAGCGCGCCACGCCCGAUCAACCCGGACUGCGAAGCAGAGGAAAUUUCUGGCCCUGUUUGAGAGGCCUUCAAUGUUCGCAGACCAAGACACCCGAAACACACACGGUGACAUAUUGAUGAUGCGCUGUGAGAUCCUGAGACCUUGGGGCGUCAAGGUGCGAUCUAAUAUCCAAAGAUGUGAUGUGUGGCAUGCCACUCUGUGUACUUGGGAUACUGAAUGAUAC